CGAGGUCGAGAGAAUUCACGACAACCAUCGACAACCAACGGAAUCCAUCAGGAAAGACAAGAUGGUUAACCUUCGUACCCAGAAGCGCCUCGCGGCGGCCGUUGUGGGAUGCGGACAGCGCAAGAUCUGGCUCGACCCGAAUGAAGUCUCCGAGAUCUCCAACGCCAACUCCCGUCAGACCAUCCGCAAGCUCGUCGCUGAUGGUCUCAUCAUCCGCAAGCCAGUCACCAUGCACUCGAGGGCACGCGCGAGAGACCACACCGAUGCUAAGAGACUCGGUAGACACAAGGGCUUCGGUAAGCGUAAGGGUACCGCAGAUGCUCGUAUGCCAAGCCAAGUCGUUUGGAUGCGCAGACUCCGCGUUCUCCGCCGCCUCCUCGUCAAGUACCGUGCCAGCGGCAAGAUCGACAAGCACCUUUACCACGAGCUUUACCACCUGAGCAAGGGUAACACCUUCAAGCACAAGCGCGCCCUGGUUGAGCACAUCCACAAGGCCAAGGCUGAGGCCGCCCGUGAGAGGACUAUCAAGGAGGAGAUGGACGGCCGUCGUGCCAAGACCAGGGCUGCUCGCGAGCGCAAGCAAGAGAGAGUUGUCGCCAAGCGUGCUGCCAUGUUCGGUGAUGAGGAGGAGACCGAGACCAAAUAAGCAUUGCAACUUUUUACGGGGUAGCUGGAGCGGGGCAAUGGUCUUGCAAUUAAAAGGCUUGGUUGCUUUUCGUUAUCAGGGCUUUCAGCAUGUACUGCAUGGACAAUGGUGUCAUGAACUCUUUCAAAGCGUGAAAGCCUUCUUCUGUUCGUGGUGACAACAGGAGAUACUGAUCUCCCUCGUGUGGCCGACCCCUUCCAAUGCCCAUGGAUAUACCGUGUUUCUGUUUACUGACCGUGAAGGACCAAAGCAACUCUUUUCAGCCGGUUCACGUCACUGUGACAUCUACAAAAUCUGCGAGACAAAGUCUUCUCGAGGGUUUUCUCUCUACGACUUAAAUAUUGUUCUUGGGGUUAUAGCUAGACAGUAUAAAUGAAGAAUUAU